AUGUUACUAACAAUCAAAUAUUAGAAUAGAGUGAAAUAAUUGAAUUUGGAUAGAAGAAUUAAUGUUUAGUCUUUAGAAAUAUUAUUAGGACAAUUAUUUAGCAUAAAGCAUAAAAUUAUUGGAUUAAUCGAUUCAGAUGGUAAAACUUAAUUAAAUAAAGUGUAGGAAAUUAUGUUGAUUUAGUAUAAUUUAUCUAAUAAUUGAAUUACACAAAAUGUUACCAUUACACUUUGGUAAGUGAAGAUGGAUCAAAUAUAUUAGAUACUACAAUAUAACAAUAAACAUCUAUAAAACGUAGUUCCAUUUCAGAUUUCAAUAACAAACUUCAAUUUAUUGAUUUCAUCUAUGACAUAGAAGAGUUUCAAAAUAUCUUGGGAGAUGACUAAUAUUCUUGCAUUUAUUUAAUUCAUGAAAAAGAUCCAUCCGCAUUUGAUUUUCUAAGUUCUUUAGAACCUUUAAUAAACAACCUCAAUUGUUGGAUCAAUUUUUAUUAUUCUUUCAGUAAUAGCAUGCUUGAUUGGGCAAAAGAACAAGACUAUCAAACUAAGACUCUCUGGGUGUACAAGGGAUCUAAGAAAAUAGUAUCAAUUUUAUUAAAUAAUGAUAAAAAGAUGAAGCAAAUGGACGAAAUUAUCCAGAAGCUUGUUCAAUCUAAAAUUAUGGAUCCCAUGGCUAAGAAUUCUAAUAUCAGAUAAACAUCUCAAUUAUCUUCAUAAUAAUCUCCAAACAAAAGAAGAAGUAAAUCCAUAAGAAAAUUGGUUGAAGACUCUCAAAUUUAUAGCAAUCAAAGUUCCUAUAAUUCAAAGAUAGUCGGUUCUCAAUAUAUUACAAGAGUUUAAGCAAAGGUUACUUAAUGUGCCCCAUCUAGAGGUAGUGACAUUCAAGAGGAUCAUGUCUCUUAAAAUCUCUCAAAUCCCAAUGAUUCAAUAAUAAAUCAACAAGAUCUAUUGUUUAGGGUUGUCGCUGAAUUGGAAGACAAAGAACUCCUUGAUGUUACUAUGGCCAGAUUGGUUAAAAGACUCUUGAUUGAAGAAAACAUCGAGAUUAUAACUGUUUUAUUGUAGUACUCCAAAAGAUCUAUAGAUAUCUAAGGAUUAAGUGAGAGACUGAAUAAUAUAAUUGAGAAAUAGAAAAAUCUAUAGAGACCUACUUCACCUUUUUAGAAUUUAAAGUAGACUAAAUAAUAAUAACCAAUAAGUAAUAAUAUUUAGGAAUAGAAUGAGGAUGUAAAGAAUUUCAUUCUAGAUAUCAACAAUUACAAUUUCACUUCUGAACAAUAUGGCAUGAUUAAUAUGUUAUGGAAUCAAAAGGAUCAGAUCUUAAUUAGGUUAUGUACUGAUAUUUAUAACAAAGAGAGUAGAAAGGAAUAAUCUUCUUUAAAACCAUUACAACUUUAUGCAGAUACUAAAUUCAAUGAAUUAUUGAACUAAAAUUUCAAAAAGUCUGAGAUAUCAAUCAUCCAAGAAUGCAAGAAUACAAAAUCUGGUUCUAUUUAUGCUACAUUAUAGCAUUUUAGAUAUGAAACUAAUGCUGACUAUUUUGUCAAUGAUCUGAAGAAGGCAUUAUAACAAAUUCACAAUCAAAAUCUGCAUUUAAUUGUAUCAGAGAAAUAACCUAACUAAAUAUCAAAGGAAAUCAAUCUUUUCAAAUUUUAAUCACCCAAGGCUCCAUCUCCUUUAUGUGUGUUAAUGCCUAACUUUUAAAACUUAGCCAAUGAAGCCCUGUCACCUCCUCCAUAACCCAAAUAAUAAUUGUAGGAAGAAAAUAACGAUAAGAACUAUUAGUCCUAUGGGAAAAUCUCUAAUGAGUUACAAAGAGUUCAAUUGUUUUAAACAUUCCCUGCUUAACAACCAAUAUUAGAAUAGUAAAAGAGAGAGGAGGUUGAAUAAUAAUAAAAUAAUUAACAAAUCUCACUUAGGUAAGAGUAAUCUCAAAAGAAAUAAUAAGGUGUUACUAACAAUGAUAAUAUUUUUAGUGAGGAGAACUUCAUCCAGAGGAAAAGGGAGUAGCGUGUAUAAUACUCUUAAAAAAUUGAAAAAUUCUAUUCUAUCGAAACAGAUAAGGAUAUUAUUUAAAAUUUCUAAGAUAUGAUAAAUUAAAUGGAAUUGGAUGAUUAAAAGAUGAAUUAAGUAGAAUAGUUGUUUUCAGACCAUAAUGAAUAACUGUAUGAAAUAAUCAAAGGGUUUUAAACCUCUCGAAUUGUAAUGAAUACAAGAGCAAAAUUGAUGUAAAAGAAUUCUUAAUAUUUAAUAGCAAACUGCUCUCUGAAAAACAAAAUGAUGUUCAGGAUUAUCGAAAAACCAAGAUGUAUAAUUUAUUUAUGAAUUAAGUGAGAUAAUUUACAUUGUAAAAGCAUUUAUAGGAAAAUGAAAAGGUUUAUCUAUUAAAAAUGUUUAAAGAAAAUGAUUUACAGGUGUUGGGAACACUUGAAACUUAUUUGCAAAAUCAAGAUGCUGAAGAUAUGCUAGAAAACUUAUAGAUGAUAAUAAAACAAUAUGGUAAAUUCACUAAUGUAAUUAUAUUCAUUAUUUUGAGAUUAAUUAAUUAGGAACUGACUUAUCUCCCUUAGAUUAGCCACACUUAGACACACCUAUUUUGGGAGCCAAAGAGAUAUUAUCAAAGUUUAAGCAAUACUUUUCAGCUGAGGAGAAAAAUAAAUUAGAAACUAUUGCAAGUGGUUGGGGUGAAAACAAUAUUGCCGAACUCUACUCUCAAUAUCUAUAGGAUUAGGAUUUGAAUGGAUUUAUAGCAUCAAUAAAAAAAUUAAGUUAAUAGGAUAUCUACAAAAAAUUACAUCAAUCAAAUAGUUUUGAAGAUGUGUUGAAGAAAUUAAAAAAGGAUGGAUUAUUGAAAAUAGAUGAUUAUAUGUUGGGAUUACUAAACAAGAAAAAAAAUGAAUAAAGAAUUAAAGGAGUAUUUGAAAUCUAUUUGUAUUCUAAGAAUGUUGAGGAUUUUGUAGAGAGCAUUAAAAGUAUCUAAAAAUUAUUGUAAUAAUGUAAUCUUAAUUAAAAUAUUAUAAUUAGAAAUGAUACAAUAAACAUUAGAUGAAUUUGAAUAGGAGAACCUCUUAGUAGAUGAUAAAUUGAUGAAAUUAAAAGAGAUAGCUCAUGAUUAUCAUAAGGACUACCCAAAAUUAGUUGGAGCUUUCUCUUUGUACUUUGAACAGUCCUAAAUAGAUCCUGAAGGAGCUAAAAACGAGAUAUUAGAGACCCUAAAUAUAUUUGCUGAUUGAAAAUUAUGUUUAUUU